AUGUCUUAUAUCCCCUUGUUUGUACCCUAUAGUAGCCCAAGUGGACAGGAGCAGCGCAGCAGCGCCAGGAGGAGGAGCAGGAGGGAAAUGCUUACCGGUGAUCAGAUGCUGCACACACCGGUAUCGAUAGCAAUAUGGGAGGGGGCAAGCAAGUGGCGUGGGGUGUUGGCAAAGCAGCAGAAGCAGCAACAACGCAGAGGGGUUGCGCGCGCGCGCGGUGUUCCUUUUUUUUCGUUCAGGUACAGGGACGAAGCAUACGUAACAUCUAAUCCAGGCACAUCAUCAUUGCGGGGAAACUCGGCGGGAGAUUCGAUGGAACACAGAGGAUGCCCUGGCCAAAUAGUAAGGUUCACUGCUAUGGGCCUUUGGAUGACUGAGCUCCUCCACCAUGAGGAAAUGAAGAGUCUUCGCCCAAUUAUUAGAACGCGGUAG